AUGGCCGAACCCAGGCCGAGCGACUUUCCGGAUGAGUUCUGGCCCGAUGAAGCCACCGGGCGUUGGAAGAACCUGGGCGUGUUGGGCAGUGGUGGCCUGGCUGUGGUGUACUUAGCCCAGGACAUGAAGGGCAGCCGGGGGCGCGUGGCCCUGAAGGUCCUCCGCGCUGCGGCGCAGCCGGUACAUGCCUAUGAGUUGCACCGCGAGGCUCUCUGGUCUCUCACGCGACUCCACUGCAGCACGCACAGCAAGUUCGAUUCCGCCGGCUCGCAGCUCUUCGUGCGCUACCUGGAGGACCACACCGGAUUCGGGCGGCUGGGUGAAGAGGACGGCCGCCAGAUGAACUUCGAGCAGCGCCGGCGCUAUCUGGAGGCAGAUAGUUUUGACUGGAGCGCCCUGGCCGCGCAGAAGGUGGUGCAGAGGCCCUACGUCGUCAUGGAGCACCUGCCGGGGCAGAUGCUUUGGGACUUGGUCUCUGUCCGCGCCAGGGCCAACAAGAAGCUGCAGCCACUCUCCGAGGAGGAGACGCGUCAGAUCUUGCUGCAGCUGACGAAGGCAGCCGCAAGGCUCAAGGGCACCUUUUGA